AUGAAUUUAGCUCAAAUGUCGGAUGAGCAGCUAUCAUCAGUCGACAUCGAAGAAGAAGUGAACAGUGAAACAUCAUCAAUUUCAUCUUCAUUACGACAACCGCAUCAGGAGCCACGCACAGAAAUGUCGGUUUCGGAUGAUGCAAGUUUAUCUUAUUCACCUAACCACUCGUCUCAAUCGACAACGAGUGAACUGACAACGUCAUUGAACUCGAAAAUUCAUGAAAAGUUUUUAUACGAUUCCGAAGCGGAAAAACUUGUUUGUACGGCGAAUGAUUUGGACGAUAUUCCAGUCGAGAUUAUUCACACAUUUGCACUCAAAACUCGUGUAUGUACUCAGAUUCGUAAUGAUGAAUACGAUGCAUGUCAUAAAGUGCUUGUUUUAGAUCCUCGAUUUGAGUGGCAAUCACUUCCAGACGCUGUAUUCGUUGAAGAGUUUUCCUCAUCUGGAAGAGUUAUUUCUCGAUGA